UGCCCGUGCUCAUUCAACCCUAUUGUCUGUCAAUCUUCGGCGUAAUGAGUGUUUACCUCUCUUAUUAAUAAACACCCUAAUGAGGAUGUGACCGACACGAUGAUGGAUGAUGAACAAGCACGAUUUUUAAAAGUAGAUUAUAUUUGUCCUCGCGACGAUGCCGCGCGAAUCGUCUCUCGUAAGAAUGCUCGUUACAUUUUUAAGGAUCCUUCAUCCGUUUACAUUAUUAUUAUACUGUGAGACAAGCGUCUGUCCGCAGAAUUGGAAUUCCGCUUGUAUGGAUCUUUCUCGAUCGUCAAAGAGCUCGGAUAUUCUUCUCGAAGACAUUGAAAGUCGAUUGUCUAGCCUCGAGAGAAGGCUCAGGGCUGUCGAGCAACCAGUUUGGCAAAUCGGCACGUCGUACGAGGAUUGGGAAAUUUGUGCCGAAGGACCGUGUAAGUGCGUGCCCGAAACAAAAUCCCUUUCCUGUUGGAGAUAUGGCUUACUCGAUGUUCCACCAUCCCAAAUGGUUCCUAAUGAUAUAUUAAAAUUAGACUUGGGAAGUAAUCAAAUGACGGCGUUACACAGAGAUACCUUUCUGGAUAUGACGCAACUAAACCAAUUAGACUUGAGCGGUAAUUACAUCGAGCAUCUGCCGUUGAAUCUAUUUUUUUCCUUGCACAGCGCCGUACAUCUUAGGAUUAGCAAGAACUUUUUGAGAGAGUUGCACCAAAAUCAAUUUGUUAAGGUGCGGAAUCUGCGUAUUCUUGACGCAUCCUCGAACAGACUGCAAACAUUACCAGAGAGUUUGUUCAUAGCUAAUAACGUCCUAAUAUUGCUUGACUUUUCCAACAAUCUUAUAUCCCAUUUACCGAGUGGCACUUUUCACGGUUUGAAAACCUUGGAGGAGCUUCUACUUUCGCACAAUCGUCUUUCUACCCUUCAAAGUGGCAUCUUUCGUGACCUAGUUAAUACAAAGUGCCUGAAACUCGACGACAAUCGAUUGUCUAAAUUACCAGCUGACAUAUUUCAUCAACAGAUCUCUUUGGAGGAAUUGAAUUUGAGGGGGAAUCUAUUAACCGAAAUACCAGAUAAUCUCUUUUCCUCAUUGGAACGAUUGUUAACGCUCGAGCUAUCCAGCAACAGAUUGACUCAUAUUCGUCCGUUGGCAUUCGAUGGAUUAGCGGCACUGAAAGAACUGCUAUUGGGACAAAAUUAUAUAAAAACAUUGACACCAGGAUUAUUCGAUAGUGCUAACUCCUUGGAAAGGCUAGUACUAUAUGCCAACAGUAUAGAGAUCCUAUCAAAAAGCACGUUUCGUGGGUUAAACAAUUUAACUUCGCUUUAUCUACAUUCCAAUCGUUUGAGAAUCUUGCAUCCAGAUUUGUUCAAGGACACUCCGAACCUACAAAAAUUAUUACUCGAGGCCAAUUAUCUAUCCUAUUUACCAGCAAAGAUCUUAGAUGGUUUAUUGACAAUACGACAGCUUCGAUUGGAACGAAAUCCUUGGCAUUGCGAUUGUUCAGCCGCUUAUCUGGCAACCUGGUUACAAAGGAGAUACUUAACGAUCACAAAUAGUUCCAGCAUGGGCGAGAUUAAUAUCGGUGAUAAUUCGAAAUCUUGGGAAUUUGGAGCUGGAGUUAUAUGUAGAGGUCCUGGUGCUAUGGGAGGAAAAUUGUUAUUACGAUUAACGUUUCAUGAACUUUGCGAGGGUCAAUGGGCCUCCAUGAAGGGUCUGGUUCCAAGAGUGCCUAAAGAUUUAUUAGGAAUUUCUUUAUCGAAUGCACUUGGCAAAGUUGCAGAAGUAUAAAGAUUCCAAUAGUUGAAAUCCAAAUUGUUACUCGACAUCUUUUCUUCCCCCGCCUCCUCCGAAAUAUAUCAAUAAUAGUUUCUAAAUAAAUUAAAAAUUAUAUGGAAAUUUCAAGAGUCGUCUAUGAGAACAUUAUUUUUCUUUUUUAUCAUUUUGUUUAUUAAAUG